UCCCAUGGCCUGGGAGCCUUUCGGACCCUGUACUCCUCGGUCUGCUCGGAGCUGGCGUCCUGGGGCUUCGUGGUGGCGGCGCUGGAGCACAGGGACCAUUCUGCUGCCCUGACAUAUUUCUGCCUGGGGGAGGCUGGGACAGAGGAGUGGAUCCCAUACCGCCGGGUGCCCCAGGGGCAGAAGGAAUUUUAUUUCCGAAACAAGCAGGUCCAUCAGAGAGCGGAGGAAUGUGUGCGAGCGCUCCGGCUCUUCCAGGACAUCAGCAGCGGUAAAUCCGUCCCAAACGUCCUGCCCCAGGACUUCGAUCUCUCUGUGCUGAAGGACAGCGUUGAUGUGACCAAAGUGGCCGUCAUGGGCCAUUCCUUCGGGGGGGUGACAGCGGUGCUGGCCUUGGUGAAGGAGCCCAGCUUCAGGUGCGCGGUGGCUCUGGACGCCUGGAUGUUCCCCCUGGAGAACGCGCUGUACCCGGAGGUGCCCAAGCCCGUGCUCUUCAUCAACACCGAGACGUUCCAGACCCCGGAAAGCGUUGCCAAGAUGAAGAGGCUGAGCUCCAGAAAUAGCCAGACCAAGAUCAUAACCAUCCU